AAACAAAAAAGCCAGAUCGGACCAUUUUUCCAGUAAAGUAAUUCACCGCAAGCUACUCAGAAAUUGCCUUUCCCCACUUGACUUUCCAAUUUAUGAAAUCAAGAUCAAUACAUUUCACACAUAUAUAUACACAACAAACACAAUAUCAUUACCUUUCUAAUCAUCAUCAAACAUAUCACAGAAAAUUUUCGAGAAAAACGAAAGAGCAUUCAAAUGGAGAAAGGGAAUUCUUCAGCUGUUGCGCGAGGGCGGUUAGCUGUACUUUCAGCUCACCUCGCCGCUUCAGUCAAUCUCUCCGAUUCCAAACUUUUAGAAACUUCCGUUGUAUCCGCCACUUCCGUCGUUGCGCCGCCGCCGAAUCUAAAAGGCGCGUUGACGAUUAUCGAUGAGCGAACCGGUAAGAGGUACCCGGUUCAAGUUUCCGAGGAAGGCACUAUCAAAGCCACCGACUUGAAAAAGAUAACAGCAGGACAAAAUGAUAAGGGUCUCAAGCUUUAUGAUCCGGGCUAUCUCAACACAGCACCUGUUCGGUCAUCAAUAUGUUAUAUAGAUGGUGAUGCUGGUAUCCUCAGAUAUCGAGGUUACCCAAUUGAAGAGCUGGCUGAGGGAAGUUCCUUCUUGGAAGUGGCUUAUCUUUUGAGUAAGUGCUUCUCAUGAAAAUCUCUAUUCAUU